UUCCAUACUGAUUAAAAAAUUUUAUUUUUGGAGUUUAAUUUUUAUCGACACCCUCUCAAAUGUGAUUAAUUUCCAAUAAUUACACACUUUUUCGUUUUAUAAGUUUCCCGGUAGCCAAACAGAGAGAAAAGAAAAACCAGAAGAAAAAAACCCACUCAAAUUAUCCCGAUCCUUAAAUCCACCAAAUGACUGACUCUUCCGACGAAGCCAAGCAAAUCGAGAAGCUCUAUGAGUUCGGCGAACGCCUCAACGAAGCUAAGGAUAAGUCUCAGAAUGUGAAAGAUUACGAAGGAGUCAUCGAUGCAACGAAAACAAGCUUAAAGGCGAAACAAUUAGCUGCUCAGCUAAUACCUCGCUUUUUCAAGUUCUUCCCUAACUUAUCCAGCCGUGCUCUCAAUGCACAUUUCGAUUUGAUUGAAGAAGAAGAUUUAGCGGUUCGAGUGCAAGCGAUUCGUGGGCUUCCUUUGUUUUGUAAGGAUACAAAGGAGUACAUUUCUAAAAUAGUAGACAUUUUAGGGCAACUCCUUACUGCUGAUGAGAUUGUGGAGCGUGAUGCUGUUCAUAAAGCCUUAAUGUCUGUAUUAAGGCAGGAUGUGAAGGAGUCCUUGACAGCACUAUUCAAGCACAUUUGGAAUGUUGAGGAACCAAGUCAAGAUGACACCAUUCGUGACAAGGUUUUGUGCUUUAUACGAGAUAAGGUUUUUCCUCUUAAAGCUGAACUCUUGAGACCCCCAGAGGAAAUGGAAAGGCACAUAACUGAUUUAAUUAAAAAGAGUUUAGGAGAUGUAACUGGAGCUGAAUUCAGGAUGUUUAUGGACUUUUUAAAAAGUUUGAGCAUAUUUGGGGAGAAAGCUCCUCCUGAGCGCUUGAAGGAACUUAUUGGAAUAAUUGAAGGGCAGGCUGAUUUAGAUGCACAAUUUGACGUCUCUGAUGCAGAUCAUAUUGAUAGGUUGAUAUCGUGUCUGUUCAUGGCUAUUCCAUUUUUUGUGAGGGGUGCACCUGGCAGCAAGUUUCUCAACUACUUAAACAAACACAUUAUACCUGUUUUUGAUAAGCUUCCCGAGGAACGGAAGCUGGAUUUGCUCAAAGCUUUAGCAGAAAUUUCUCCUUACACAACACCACAGGAUUCUCGCCAGGUUCUUCCUUCUGUUGUUCAGCUUUUAAAGAAGUAUAUGCCUCGGAGGAAGACUGGUGAAGAAACAAACUUUACCUAUGUUGAAUGCUUGUUGUUUUCAUUCCACCAUUUAGCUCACAAGGCUCCUAAUGCUUCAAAUAGUCUUUGUGGAUACAAGAUUGUCACUGGUCAACCAUCAGAUAGACUGGGGGAGGACUUCUCAGAGUAUUAUAAGGACUUCACUGAGAGAUUGAGUAGUGUCGAAGACCUAACUAGGGCCACAAUUAAGAAAUUAACUCAGGGAAUGGCUGAGCACAAUAAAGCAAUGGCAGCUGCUAAAUCUGAUGAAGCAAAGGAUAACAUUAAAACGCUAAAGCAAAAUACCACAACCGGAUUGCGUACCUGCAAUAACAUUUUAGUUAUGACAAAGCCGUUACAUUUGAAAACACCUGCAUUUAUCGGAGAUAAGAGCGUCAACCUUUCUUGGAAAGAAGCCAUAAAACCUUCAGCGCUGUCCACCACAACUGCAACCGGGGUGAAGCGACCUGCUGCCGGUAGUGGUUCCAAUAAUUUGGCAAUAAAGAAAGGCCGUGGAGCCGGUAACAUGCAAAACCAGCUUGUUAAUAGAGCAUUGGAAGGCAUAUCUUACGGCGGGAGUGGUGGAAGAGGCAGGGGUAGGGGUUGGGGAAGACGUGGAAGAGGAAGAGGUUACCGGUAGUUUUGAUGCAUAAAAGAAAGUGACAGUUUACCUCAAGAAUACAACCUAUUCUCGUUCCGGGACGAAUUUUGCUCAAUACGAGAUUCUGGUGAGUUUUCGAUACUUCAUUUUGAACUAACAACAGACAUUAUAGAGUAUUCGAGGAACCAUUGUAUACUUUCUUAAAAGAAUGCGUGGAAAGGCUGUAAUAAUUCAAACCUAAUUAUGUAGAUUCAACUUACUGAAGAUUCUGCUUCAUUCCUGUUAGAGUAUUUUUCUUCUUGUUUA